AUGAUGCAUUGAAGACAACUGUGGGAUUAUUCAUUUCAGCUUCCCUGGAUGAUGGAUGAAGAGAUAUUCACUACCACUUUGGUGCCAUCUGGGAACAUGACACCAAAUUCUAGCAUGACCCUGGAACAGAAAACAACAUUUGCCUUUGUGAUUUUAUUAUUUAUUUUCUUGGGAAUCCUCAUUGUUCGCUGCUUCCGAAUUCUCCUUGACCCCUACCAGAGUAUGCCAACCUCAACCUGGGCUGAUGGACUUGAUGGGCUGGAGAAAGGCCAGUUUGACUAUGCUCUUGCUUAA